CCGCCUCCCGCCGUUCCGCCGGGCGCCGGCUCUGGAGGAGGAGACGUCGACAUGAAGCCCUUGCCGCCCUCCCCGGAUAUCGCGAGGAACGCUCAAGAUUUGGUGGCCAAGGACCAGCCCUUCAGCAUCGCCGACUACAUCUCAUCCGGACCGGAUGUUCUUGCUGCUGCCCUGCGGAAACAUGUUGAGGAGGAAGCUCGUGUUCUCGGCGGCAAACAUCUCCCAAGGGUUAUGGAUCACCUCUAUGAGCAGAUAUCUCGUUUAUUGCGAAGCAGUGAUUCUACUAAAAAUUUGCUGGCCCUUCAUGCUAUCGUUGCUUUGAUUGAUUUACCCUUUGGAGGUCCUUCAAAGUUUACCAAGCUCGCUAAUUUCUUAAGAAAUGUGUUUGACGUCAAGCGUGACCCUGAAAUCCUAGUUCCAGCUAGCACAGUGCUUGGUCAUCUUGCAAAUGUUGGGGGAGCAGUAACUGCACGCCAAGUUGAGCAACAGGAGAUGGCUGAAAAUGCAUUCACGGUUUUGAAGAAUUAUGUCCCUGAAUUUUUUGACGCUAUGCUGAUUGCAUCAAGGGACCCAAAAUUGGUUAUUCGGGAACGAGGAGCUGAAGCCUUGCGUGCUUUUGCGCAUUCCAACAUGAAGGCGGCGGCGGUUUGCACGUCGAAGAAGGCGAAACUGGAUGGAAUCGAUCUUCUCAGCCUCCUCCCAGAUAGUAUACUCUGCACCAUCAUCUCUUUCCUCCGCACGGACGAUGCCGUGCGCACUUCUGCCCUUUCUCGCCGCUGGUGUCACCUGUGGCGCUCUGCUCCGCUUAACCUUGACACUGCACAUAUCCGUGGGUAUUGUCCCGAGCAGAUUAAAGUUGUAACCAAGAUUCUCUCCCAGCACCAGGGCCCGAUACGCCGCCUCCACCUCCACAGCCUCUACUUUGCUGACCUUGAUCGUUGGUUCAGGUCCCCAGCCCUUGAUAAUCUUCAGGAGAUCGACAUCUGGGUCGCUAGGUUUGAUGAUCCGCUGCCACUGUCUGUGCUCCGCUUUGCUCCGACCCUCCGUGUAGCCCUCAUUGCCCACUGCAGCCUCUUCGAGGAUGGGGACCCAGUAUUUAAUUUCCCGCACCUGAAAACACUCGCCCUGGGCUCCCUUUCCAUAUGGGAAGACACUCUCCACAGCAUUCUUUCAGGAUGCCCUGUCCUGGAGAGCCUGAUGCUUAACAAUUGUGCUGGUUUCAAACGCUUGGUGAUCAACUCACCAACACUUAGAAGCCUCGGUGUCUGUGAUGAUCGCCAUAUGAAGGAAUUAGUCAUCCAGAAUGCCCCUUGCCUGGAAAGAUGUGUCAGGACUAAUUUGUUUCAUACUACACCAGUCAUCGAGGUAAUCAGGGCACCGAAACUGGAGAUCUUGGGCUCACUAGCAGUCAACUUUGAUAAGCUCAAGCUUGGAACCACAGUUUCACAGGAAAUGGGUCGUUGCAACUUGAAAAUGUCAAUGCACAGUGUGAAGAUUUUACAUCUCACGUCUAGUGGCACUAACCUUGAUGCAGUUGUUGCCUUCCUCAAAGUAUUUCCUUGCUUGGAGAAGCUAUAUAUCAUGUCAACUCUGCAGAUGGAUAUGAAAAAUGUGCACCAUCUAGACCCAACAGAUCCAGUUGAAUGUCUUGACCAUCUCAGAUACGUGGAGUUGAAGUGUUACAUGGGCAAGAAGCCAGAUGUCGAUUUUGCCAGGUUUUUUGUUCUGAAUGCUAAGGUGCUCGAGUUAAUGAAAUUCGUUGUUAAGGACAAAUGCACUCAGAAAUGGAUAACUAAUCAGUACAAGCAGCUACAGUUUGAUAGCAGGGCUUCUCAAAAUGCUCGAUUUGAGUUUGGGUCUUACAUUGGCCGUGCAUAUCCUACCGGUUGUUUCCGAGUCGGAGGCUUUGAGUUUGGAUCUGGUCACACUGGCAAGCGAAGAGUAGUCCAUCAGCAUGAUGAUCAUGUCUUGUCCAUGGCUGAUCCCUUCGAUAGCUCUUCUUGUGGACUGUGCAGAAUAGUCCUUCACCAUGAUGAUAACGUCCUAUGAAUGUUUUUGAAGAUCUUAACACCUGUUAGUGACCAUCUUAAGAGUUUUGGGUCAAUACUUAAGUUGUAGCCAGUUUGGUGC